AUGACAAUACUCAUGCAUCCCCAUGAAUGUCAGCAGUGCGGAAAAGCGUUCAGCCAGGCCUGGAGCCUGACGACGCACAUGAGGAUACACACGGGGGAGAGACCGUAUGCGUGUAAAGAGUGCGGGAAGGCCUUCACGCAGUCCUCGGGCCUCAGCCAACACAUGAAGAUCCACACGGGGGAGAAGCCCUAUACCUGCGACACGUGUGGCAAAGCCUACUCUUACCUCUCGGACCUGACGAAGCACUUUCGCAUCCACACGGUGGAGAGGCCCUACGUGUGCGGGGCGUGCGGGAAGGCCUUCGCCCAGUUCUCGGGUCUCAGCCUCCACCGACGGAUCCACACCGGGGAGAGGCCGUUCGUGUGCAAGGAGUGCGGGAAGGCGUUCACGCAGUCGUCCAACCUCACCACGCACAUGCGCAUCCACACGGGGGCCAAGCCCUACUCGUGUCGGGAGUGCGGGAAGGGCUUCACCCAGUCCUCGCAUCUCAUCAUCCACAUGAAGUACCACGCGGGCGAGAAACCGUUUCAGUGCGACAAGUGUCGGAAGGCCUUCAUCCAGUCUUCGGGCCUGCGGAAACACAUGCGCGUCCACACGGGCGAGAAGCCCUACGCGUGCAAGGAGUGCGGGAAGGCCUUCACGCAGUCUUCCGUCCUGACUCUCCAUAUGAAGAUUCACACCGGGGAGAAACCCUACGCCUGUAAGAAAUGCGGGAAGGCCUUCACGUAUUCUUCGGUUCUCACGGUCCACAUGAGGAUCCACACGGGAGAGAAGCCCUACGCGUGUAAGGAGUGUGGGAAGGCCUUCACGCAAUCUUCCGGCCUGACCGUCCAUAAGAAAAUUCACACUGGCAAGAAACCCUAGAAAGGGAACAUUGUCCAG